ACGAUGAACAUCAUCCGAAGCUUAAGUGCUGGAACCUGGGCACUACUUGUUCUCUUCCUGACUCUCUUGUUUCUAUACGGGACCUGGACACACAAGCUCUUUAAGGACGUGGGAAUUCUGGGACCAGCACCUCUUCCUUUCCUUGGAAAUGUUCUUUAUUACUGCAAAGGUUUUGUAGAUUUUGACAUAACUUGUUUUAAAAAAUAUGGGAAAACCUGGGGGUUUUUUGAUGGCAGACAACCAGUACUGGCCAUCAUGGACCCAGAGACUAUCAAAUCAGUGUUGGUAAAAGAGUGCUAUUCUGUCUUCACCAAUCAUUGGAAUGUUGGUCCAGCAGGGAUUUUGGAAACUGCUAUCUCAAUUGCUAAAGAUGAACAUUGGAAGAGGAUUUGAAUAGUGUUGUCUCCCACAUUUACAAGUGGAAAACUCAAGGAGAUGUUUCCCAUCAUUAACCAACAUGGAAAUGUGUUAGUGAAGAACAUGCAGAAAGAAGCAGAGAAAAACAAACCUGUAACUCUGAGAGACAUUUUGGGGGCCUACAGCAUGGAUGUGAUCACCAGCACUUCAUUUACUGUCCAUGUUGAUUCCUUGAAUAACAAGAAUGAUCCUUUUAUCAGAGAAAUCAGGAAAUUAAUAAAUGGAUUUAGUAUUCUGGACCCACUCAGACUUGCAAUAGCACUUUUUCCAUUCCUUGUUCCUUUGUUAAAAACAUUGGACAUAACUUUAUUUCCAAAAGAAGCAACAGAUUUCUUAGCAAAAUCAGUUAAAAAAAUAAAGGAAGAAUGAAAGAAUAAUUCACAGAAGUACCAGGUAGAUUUCCUUCAGCUUUUGAUUGAUUCUCAGACUUCUAACAAUUCAGAGACGCACUCUCACAAAGAUAACUUGGGCAUGAGGAUCUGAGUGAUUCUGGCCCAAUCCAUUAUCUUUAUUCUUGGUGGCUACAGAAUCACCACUUCAGUCCUUUCUUUCCUUUUUUAUAACCUGGCCACUCACCCUGAGAUCCAGCAGAAACUUCAGGAGGAGAUAGAUGCAGUUUUGCCCAACAAGGAAGCAGUCACAUAUGAUGCCCUGGUACAGAUGGAGUACCUAGACAUGGUGACACAUGCAAACCUCAGGAUGUUCCCCAUAGCUGUCAGGAUUGAAAGGGUUGCUAAGAAAACUGUUGAGCUCAAUGGACUGAGGAUUCCCAAAGGCACAGUGGUGAUGGCCCCAUGUUAUGUCCUUCAUCGUGACCCAGAAUACUGGCCAGAGCCAGAGGAGUUCUGCCCUGAAAGAUUCAGCAAGGAAAACAAGGAGAGAAAGAACCCCUAUGUGUACCUGCCCUUUGGUGCUGGUCCCCGAAACUGCAUUGGGAAGAGGUUUGCAAUUACGGGUGUGAAAGUUGCGAUGUGUCGACUACUGCAGGAAUUUUCCUUCAGAAUUUGCAAAGAGACACAGGUUCCUCUGAAGCUGGGCAAGCAGCCAUUCCUUACACCAUCUGUACCCAUGGUCCUGAAGGUUGUACCAAGGACAAAGAAGACUUUGAGGAGCCAAGAUGGUGGAGUAAGCAGUAUGUCACUCUUACCCUCCUUUGAUGACCUUGAAGGACUCAGGAAAUACUGCCCCAGGAGGAAUCCUGGAAGAGUGGAGCCAGAAGAGAGAUGGGAAGCAAUAGUCUUUUGGCUUAUGAGGCUGGGGGGGGGAUUGAUGGGAGGGGUCCCUCUUGCUGUGGCUGAAGGGGAUAAGUACAGGCCAGGAGGUGUCCCAGCAAACCAGUGGCAAGCCCCACCUCAGUGGACCAGUAAGAGAUCCUGA